AUGGAUUCGCAGGAGGGCACCCGCUGGCGAUUCCCAACAGACGCCUUCGUGGAGAUCCUGCUACGGCUCCCGCCCAACACACGCCGUCGUUUCCGCCUCGUCUCCCGGCACUGGCGCGACGUCGUGGACGAGAGUUGGCUAAUGCUUCCGCACUGUCCCAAGACUCUCGUCGCCCCCGAAGAGGGCUCACCGUUCGUCAUCGACGACAGAACAGGGCGCCGAAGGGACCUGUGGAGCAGCAGCACGCCUAGCCGCUGUAGAAGCAUGUGCAUCGUCGGCACCAGCAACGGCCUCGUCUGCCUGUGCGACAACGAGGUGCGUGGCGGCCCCAUCACCGUGGCCAACCUGGUAACCGGCGAGACCCUCGACGCCCCGCCUCUGCUGCCAUUGCCACCGCCGAUUUACGAUUGUGGCCGACUGUGCGAUCACGGGCGCUGGCACCUGGCGUACGGUUUCGGGUACCUCCCGGCGACGAAGAGGUACAAGGUUGUGCGCCCGCCGUGCCGCUUCGACGACCAGGACUGGGAGUACUCUACGCUGCAGGUAUACACGCUCGGGGAGGAAUCCUGGCGGGAGGUUGCGAUCCCAACCACUAUCUCGGGAUGCAAACCUGGCCUCGGGUUCGUGAGUAUCAAUGGCACGAUGUACUGGGCAUCGGCCGACUGGUCCGUCGUGUCGUUUGACCUGGAGGAAGAGCGGGUCAUGCGCUUCAAGCCACAACCGUUGAUACCCGAAUCCGACGAUCCCACUCACAGGUGGUUCCUCACGGAGGUGCAUGGGAGGCUAGGCAUUGUCUUUAAGCGCUACUCUCUAUUUAUGGAGAACGCUGAGGUGUGGGUUAUGGACAACACCGAGUGGAACCUCCGGUACAGUUUGCUGGUGAGCUCGCCCCGAAAUCGUCCGGGGCAAAGGCCGAGGGGGUACCAAUGUUUCACACGCCCGCACUUUGUUCAGUAUAGUGAUCAUGUACUGACAUGGGAGUCGAACUCCAGCGAUGUUGGUUUGUACAAACACAAGCCACAGAAGAACAAUACAAGCAGUGGUUCGGGUAGCGGCGAUCUCUGGGGUGGUGUUGUGGAGAUCAAUAAUACGUGCAGGGAGACAUUGGUCGCAGAUGUCAAAGACUUCUUGGAUUUUUGGGUCUUUGCCUAUGUCGAGACUCGGGAGUCACUGAGCGUUUACGCAAUUGACAGUGGAACCUCAAAGUAA